CUCAUUAGUUACAUAAACAUGAUAUCUUGUCCGAAAACGUCAGUUGAUACAACGUCUUUCAAGUGGACACUACACACGAACAGGAUGACUUCGACCGAAAGUACACGCGGAAUUAUUUACAAAGAUCAACCAUGUUGGAUACCAUCACACAUGAAUUAUGGAAAACUUGCUAUUGACCGCAUGUUGAGAGCGAAAGAUAAAGUGGCUUUGAUCGAUGCGAAGACGGGGCAACAAAUAACGUUCGGUGAGGUGGUGCAGUUGGUAGUGAAUGCGGCGUCGUCGUUAAUACGCUUAGGUGUGAAACGUGAUGAAGUGGUUGCUGUGUGCAGUGAGAACAGAACGGAAUUCUUGAUUACUGCAAUCGCUACGUGGUGUAGUGGUGCUACCGUCACUUUUCUCAACUCCGCCUACAGCAAAAAUGAAUUGGAGCACACGAUAUCAAUCUCAAAGCCGAAAUAUGUAUUCCUUUCACCUGAUACUCACAACAAAUUUUAUAGUACUAUAGUUGGGACAAAAAUUGUAGAAAAAUUCUAUAUAUUCGGCGAUUCCGUCAAUGAUCCUAACAUUUCGAAGUUUAAUGACUUAAUUAAGACGUAUGUUAAUAUCGAUAAUUUCAAACCAGUUAGCGAUCCUAUUAAUGGACUGGCACAGCCGGCUUUGAUUUUGUAUUCAUCUGGUACAACGGGACUGCCUAAAGGAGCAAAACUGACGCAUUUGAACCUAAUCACUACUGUUAACCAACCGAGCCACAUCACGAAAGACCUAAUCUUCUUGUCCAACGCUCCCUGGUCUAACACCUUUGGAAUCAUGAGCACAAUGGAUGAGCUGGUCAACAAUCGAACCAUUGUAUAUCUGACUAGAUUCAACGUGGAGCAAUACCUCUCAUGUAUUCAAAAGUACAGAAUUGGAGUAUUAUUAGCAGUCCCUCCAUUAGUAGUUACGCUUACAAAAUCACCACUGGUACAGAAUUACGAUGUGAGCUCAGUUGAAAUGGUACACUGUGGAGGAGCUCCUUUAGAUCUAGGUGUAAUUAAUGAGAUUAAACAAAGAUUCAAGGGUUUAAAACACGUUCUACAAGGCUAUGGAAUGACAGAAGUAACAGGAACCUUAACUGAAGAGACAGACGUCGAAACAAAACCUGGAAGUGUCGGCAAAAUUGCACUUGGAAACAUCGUAAAGAUAGCAGACAUUGAAACUGGUAAGGCAUUAGGGCCUAGACAAGAAGGUGAAGUUCGCGUAAAGGGUGCGACGUUAUUUGGAGGCUAUAUUGGAAAGAACUUAAAGGAUGAAUUAGAUGAAGAAGGAUUUUUCAAAACGGGAGAUAUUUGUUACUAUGAUGAAGAGGGCUACUUUUUCUUCGUAGACAGAAUUAAAGAAUUGAUUAAGUACAAGGCUGGCCAAGUAGCUCCUUCAGAAUUAGAAGCAAUUUUACUUCAGCAUCCAGGUGUUAAAGAUGUGGGAGUUAUAGGGAAACCAGAUCCUAUGGUUGGUGAACUCCCCACAGCCUUUGUAGUGAAAAUGCCAGGAUCAAAAGUUACUGACAAGGAACUGGUCAAUUUUGUGGCUGAUAAGGUGUCGUCGUGGAAGCAAUUGCGAGGUGGCGUCUAUUUCGUAGAAGAUAUACCAAAGACUCCUAGCGGCAAAAUAUUAAGAAGAAUUUUACGCGAUUACCUUAAGAAACCUGCUAGCAAACUAUAGUCUUCUUUUUAACUUACCAAGUUAUUAUUAGAAGAACCUACGAUAGUUUGUUAUCGAAGAAGUUGAACGAAACAAUAAAUCAUGUCAUUGACAUGUGGGCGAUGGUACAGCACCUAUUUGAAUUGAAUAAAAUGUAUCACAUAAACUUGUAAUAAUUCUUAUCUGUCACCUAAUAAAGUUACGUGCAAAUCGUUCGUACUUAAUCGUUUUCCAGGACCGUAACCUUGGCUUAAAAAAAGACUUAACUAAAAAAACAUAUUGUGAAACAUUCAGUUCUGUACACAAUUUUGUUUUCAGACAUUAAAUAACUGCGUAAAUUA